CUGUCUUACAACUUUCUCUUCCCCUGUUUUUCCAUCUUUGGAUUCCCUCCCCUCUCAUGGCACUCUCUUUUCCGCCGGCGAUAUUUUCCCGAGAAACUGAGGGAAAAUCCGGAAUCACAUCCUCUGAGCUUCAUGGGAACCCUAUUCCGAAUCAAUGGAAUAUGCGAAACUCAUAAAUCUUUCAACUUUCUUAGAUUUUCCAUCUAAUUUUCCUGGGUUAUUUUCAAUCAUACUGGUGUGCACAAUGGAGGAAACUGCGAAAAAAAGAGGAACCAACGAUGUUUCUCUGCGGUUGAACGAGAACCCUCGAGAUCUGUUACAGAGAUUCAACUCUGUAAACUCAGUGACAAGAAAAUUCGAAGAAACAACACAUGAGAAGGAAGAAGAUCUAGAGUUGAGUCUUGGGCUGUCAAUGAACGGUCAAUUUGGGGUUGACCCAAAGAGAGAGACGAGUCUAAGUCGCUCGUCAUCGAUAUCAAACUUGACGACGAUAGACGAUAACAACAGGGUAAUUAUGCCCCAGGUUGUUCCGUACGCGCCGCUGAUAAGGACAUGUUCGCUUCCGGCGGAGCCGGGAGAGGAGUGGAGGAAGCGGAAGGAGUUGCAGACACUGAGACGCAUGGAAGCGAAGAGGAAGAGGUUAGAGAAGCUUAAGAAUGUGAGGACGUUUCGAGAUCAGGUAAAUUCGGAAGAAAAUGGCGGAGAAAAUGUUCGAGCAAAGACUCAAUGCUCUGUGAUCAUUAAUGGCAACUGCGAGUUUUCGUCGCCUUUUCAGAAGAGGAAUUGGGUUUCUGUAGCAGUCGGAGGGGCUGUCAGUGCUGACGGGAAUGAAUCGAAAGGCGAAAGGGAAAAGGGUGUGGAGGGACUACCCCCACAAUCAUCAUCACAGGGUUCAAUUGGAUCACAAGGGACUGGUUCUUCUGGGAUUUCUGAAUCUGAGUCUCAACCAGUUCAAGGAAUGAACAAAUACACUGAAGUAAAAAGCCCUGCCAGUGUCCCUUCUCUGUGUGAGCAGAAAUCAGUAGUCGCCCCUGGAGAAAGUGAGAAAUUGGGUAGCCCCGAUGGAGCUGUGGUGGAGAAUCCGUCUGUGAAAGUCACAAAUACCGACAAGGGAACAAGUGAAAUGGUGAGUAGAGCGAUGCUCGAUAUGCCUUGUGUGUCUACAAGAGGAGAUGGGCCCAAUGGAAAAAGAAUUGAAGGUUUCCUUUACAGAUAUAGUAAGGGAGAGGAGGUAAGUAUAGUCUGUGUGUGCCAUGGCAUUUUUCUCUCUCCCGCCGAGUUUGUCAAGCAUGCUGGCGGUGGCGACGUGGCUCACCCUUUACGGCAUAUAGUUGUUAGCCCCCCUUCUCUUUUGUAACAGUAAUGGCCAUUUCGGAGAAACAGAAAAAAGGUUGUCUUUUAUUUUAUUUUUUUAUCUUUCAAUAGACUGGAAUUCUACGGGAGAAGUUGAAUUCUCUUGUGGGAAAGGUAUCAUAUGAAUUUAUGAAUUUUUCUGGCUUAGUUGCAUAAAA